AUAUCAUUAGGCGGGACUGGCAGGGCACUCGACAUAUGUGACAAUGGAGGUGUCGUCAGCGCAAAUAGACUAUAUCCUGGAGGCAAUUGGAGGGAAUUGAGCCGAACCCGGGUUCAGAUAAUCGCGACUCUCCACAACGGAUUGACUUGUACACAAACAUGGGAACAAUCUGGUUGGGAGUGCUGGCAUGUAUGUACGUGUGCUACGCCAUGCCACCGGAUAAGAUGCGAGCCCUUCACAUCAUCAAGACACGAAGUAUAGACCUCAACAAUGCUUACGGACUGGCGAUGGAAAGCCGCUUAGAGAAGUCAGUGGAGCCUACCGGGUACAAACUAGCUCUCGAACCGUACCUAGAAGAUGGCAUGUUCAAGGGACGCAUAGAGAUCAACAUAACAGUUUUGGAAGAAACCGAGUCAAUAAGCGUUCACUGCGCCCAUGAAAUUGAUAUCAUGGAAUCUGAGGUGUUGCACCGUUUGGCGACAGAGAAGGAAUUUAAAUCGGCACCAGUUGCAUCCGUGAGUUCUGAUCCUAAGAAGCCGAUCCUGACUCUCCGCUUGAAAGAAGCUAUUCCCAAGUCGUCCGUCGGCCUAUUGAAGUUCUACUUCAAAGGGAAUAUGGAAACGGCGAGCACAGAGGCGUUCUUUAAAACUACGUACAUGACCGAACAGGAAGUGGAAAGGACCGUAGUAGCGACGCAGCUCCGUCCAAACAACGCGCGGCGCAUGUUCCCGUGUUUCGACGAGCCGGCGUACAAAACGCCGUUUGAGCUAAGCGUUGUUCGGCCCCGGAGUAUGACCGCUCUGAGCAACAUGCCCGUUGCGAGGACUGAGAACAUAACUGACGAGCCAGACGCGGUAUGGGACUACUUCGAGCGAACUCCCCCGAUGUCCACCUUCACACUCGGCCUGAUCAUCGCCGACCUCAAGUUGCUCAACGAUCCCAUAAUAUACACCGACAAAAAUGGAAAUAAGAUCACACUUCGAGUAUGGGGUCGGCCAGAGUACCUGCAGACGCUCGAAGGCGUGGAUGACAAGUUCAAGAGAGUGUUCGACGAGAUCGCCUCGUUCUGGCAAGUGUCGCUGCCGCUGCGGCAGUUGGAUAUAGUCGCGCUGCCCAACUACCAGGGAGUCAAACCCGCUGACAACUGGGGCUUGAUUGUGUUCAAGGAGAGUGAUCUUAGCAACCGUGGGUACCUUCAGCUAGCCUACGAGAUCUGUUACCAGUGGCUGGGCGCCUUUACUACUCCCGCCUGGUGGUCAGAUGCCCACCUCAAUAAGGCGCUAGUGGCUUAUUUGUCUGCUGAAGUUGCUUUCAAGAUCAACGACGGCUCCGAGAUGGAGGGGAAGUGGCCGAUGACGGUACUGUACUCCCUGUACUACGAGUUCAGCAAGCGCUACCCGCACUCCCGCAUCACGGGUAUGAAGCAGGAGACAGCCAGCACCAAGAUAGAGCUGCUGUUCAGGAUGUUCAACUAUACCCUCGGCGUUGACACCUUCAGAAACGGGCUGAGGAGCUUCAUUGAGUCCAGAAAAUUCAAGACAUUUACCGGAGACGACAUCUGGAACGCUCUAAACGAGGCCGCCAAGUCCAGCGGCCGCCUGCCCCAGGACCUCGACAUCCGGAAACUCGCCAACAGCUGGAUCGAGAAGGACCGACUGCCGCUUGUUACUGUCACUAGGAAGUAUGAGGAUAAGACUGCGCAAGUUUCCCAGAAAUUGUAUCUCCGCGAGCGUCCCCAUGACGUGCCCGACGCGGACCGUCUGCGGUGGUGGACGCCGGUGGUGAUGGUGCGGGCCGACAGCCUGUCGUUCACCAACGCCACGCCCGUCGCCUGGACCGACACCGACCUGACGCUGAGGGACCUGCCCGACAGCAACAACUUCAUCAUCGUCAAUCCUGAGGAGAUUGCACCCUUCCCAGUGAACUAUGACGAGCAUAACUGGAACCUGCUGUCCCAAUUCCUCCAAGGCAGUGACAGGACCAAAAUCCCAGAGCUGACUCGCGCCAAGCUGCUCCAUGACGCUUGGAACCUGGCGUAUGCUGGACAGCUGUCGUUCGCGACAGCUCUGAACAUGACAUUGUUCCUCAAGGAGGAGAGGCAUCACCUCGUAUGGGACCCCAUAUUCACCAUGAUCGACCACAUCAGGAGGCACAUCUGCCCGUGUAUUGAUGAUAAGUUCCGGGCUUACAUUCGCAACCUCUUAACUCCGUUAUACAAAGAGUUGACAAAAGAGGUCAAAGAAGAUGAAGAGAACUGGAAGAAGAAUCUUAGAUCUCUGUCCAAGACGUUCCUCUGUCGAGCUGGAUACAAGCCGUGUAUAGAGGAGGCGCAAGAGCAAUACGCCAAGUGGAUGGAGGCCCCGACUCCAGAUGAGGGAAACCCGGUAUCCAAUCAGUUCAUUUGUCCGGUGUUCAAAUGGGGGACCCAACAGGAGUGGGAUUUCGGGUUGCAGAGGGUGAUCAACUUCCCAUCUUCGAGGAUGCAGAGCGAGAGAACCUACUUGCUGAAGACUUUGGCCGGCUGUCCGAGAGAUGAGGCCAAAAUAGUCAAGCUCCUAAACAUAACCAUACUGGAAGGGAACUCCAAUUUCACCGAGACGGACCUGUUCCUAAUAUUUAGUAUGCUGACCGGCAGCCCUCAAGGUUACACGAGCCUGUUUCAGUUCCUGAGCAAUAAUUGGGACGUAUUAAAAGAAAAGUUUUCAAGCAAAACGAAUUUAUGGGACAGCCUGAUCGCGUCCGCUACAUCACACUUCACGACGCAGGACGGCCUCGAAAUGGUCUCCAGCCUGUACGUCGCGCACCAGGGGGAGUUCGCCUCUGCCGAGCACAUCAUAGAGAAGUCCAUGAGGAAUAUCAGAGAGGAGGCCAAGUGGACCGACACCAACCUUCCCGUCAUGUCCAAAUGGCUGGACUGGUACCUCGCGCAGAACUGAUGUCAUAAUACAUUUUUAUUACUCUA